CGAUGCUUAAAAAGUUGAAAUCUUUUUUUAUUAUUACAUUUAAUUGUUUUUGUUUUUUUGGCUUCUCUAAUAUCCAUUUCCGGUUCGCCAAGGUGCAGCAUUAAUGGCUGCCAGGAUCGGGUCUUUUCGACACAGUUUCGCCGAGAGGAGCAAGGAAAGGCUUCUCCCCAGAAGGGGUUGCUCCGAAUUGGGCGUGAAUAGUUCCUACAGUGGCGACGAUGGAGUCAAAUACAGGUGUUUCCGUAACUUCUCUGAUGGGAUCGUCAACUUCUGGACCGGUAUGCGCGAAACUUUGGCCAAGCUAUACGAGAUGGGCAGGUCCGAUCCUCGGAAGCUCCUCUUCGCCGCGAAAAUGGGGAUGUCCUUGUCCAUUGUGUCCCUCGUCAUCUUCUUCAAAGAACCGCUCAAGGACGCCAGCCAGUAUUCCAUCUGGGCAAUUCUCACAGUCGUCGUGGUUUUCGAAUUCAGCGUAGGGGCAACACUUAACAAAGGAUUCAAUCGUGCUUUGGGGACAUUUUCGGCCGGAGGGCUUGCUCUGGGCAUUGCAGAGGUGGCUUUGAGGAUUGGGGAAUUUGAGGAAGUUAUUAUAGUAAUUAGUAUUUUCUUAGCAGGAUUUCUUGCAAGUUAUACCAAACUUUAUCCACCAAUGAAGCCUUAUGAAUAUGGUUUCCGGGUGUUCUUGUUGACAUUCUGUAUUGUAUUGGUCUCUGGGAGUAGCUCGUCGCAGUUUUUCCAAACAGCUUUCUAUCGGUUAUUACUUAUUGGGAUCGGUGCUUGUGUAUGUCUAGUUGUAAAUAUAUGUUUGUAUCCCAUCUGGUCAGGGGAGGAUCUGCACAAAUUGGUGGUGAAAAAUUUCCAGGCUGUUGCUACUUCUUUGGAAGGCUGUGUUAAUGGAUACUUGCAAUGCGUUGCAUAUGAGAGGGUCCCUUCCAAAAUUCUUAUAUACCAAGCAUCCGAUGACCCGCUGUAUAGUGGCUAUAGAUCAGCUGUACAAUCUUCAAGCCAAGAAGAAUCUCUGUUAGAUUUUGCAAUAUGGGAACCACCUCAUGGCCCUUAUAAGGGGUUUAAUUAUCCCUGGAGGAACUACGUCAAAGUAAGUGGUGCACUGAGGCAUUGUGCUUUCAUGGUAAUGGCAAUGCAUGGGUGCUUACUUUCAGAAAUACAGGCACCAGAAGAAAAGAGACAGGUUUUUAGUAGUGAGCUUCAGAGGGUUGGUACCGAAGGGGCUAAAGUGUUACGUGAGCUAGGAAGCAAAGUUGAAAAGAUGGAAAAAUUAAGCUCCAAAGACAUAUUAUCUGAAGUGCAUGUUGCAGCAGAACAGUUACAAAUGAAGAUUGACCGAAAAUCAUACCUUCUGGUCAAUUCAGAUAGCUGGGAAGGUGUAAUGCGGGCUAAGCAAUUUGAAGAUCCUCAGACCUUGAUUGAUGUCGAAGACAAUGAAAAUAAAGGAAUUGUGAUCAAUUCGCUCAGUGAAACAUGGGAUUCCCAUAAUCCAAACAUUAGUGUAGAGCCCUCCUCAAUGCCGCAGUGGAUAUCCUCUGAAAGUGUGCUUAAGAAACUGGUAUCGUGGCCACGUCUCUCAUUUGUUGGGGAUUCCAUGCUUAAUGAACAAGAAUCAAAAGUAUAUGAAAGUGCCAGUUCCUUGUCUUUAGCUACAUUUUCAUCCCUUCUCAUUGAGUUUGUUGCCAGGCUUCAAAAUAUUGUUGAUGAAUUUGAAGAUCUUAGUGACAAAGCAAAUUUUAAGGAACCCAUGCCAGCGGCCAAAGAGGUGGUUGGGUUUUGGACCAGACUGUUGAGAUGCUUCCGUUGACUUCCUUGUUCAAUUGAUUCAGCCUGUUAUUUUUUUCAUUCAAUAGUUGGCAAUUCAUCAUUGAUUACCGUUUGGUUACUUCAUCUUUCUGAAUGUAAAGAUUGGAAAGGAAAAGAGGGUGAGUUUCUCACCCAAACAGUGAUUAUAGCCAUUGAACUGGGGUAUGAUCUGAUGAUAUGUCACUUCCAAGGUUUGGUUUUAUCUUAUUUGAGAGAAGGCGAGCAGGGAAAUCUCCAGUGAUGGAGCUUUUGUUAUGCCGGGAUUGUAUCAGAAAAUUAAGGAGUUGAAAGCUUUAUACAUUAGUGAUGUUUCUUAA